CCAACUUGUGCAAAAUGGAGGGAUUCGACCUGCCUAUGAGCUUUGGCAAAAAGGCCAAGGCGCCGGCCAAGGUCAAGCCGCAGCACACGAAGCGGGAAGAGCCUGCUCGCCCUGCUAUCCCUCCUCCGCGCGAGGUGCCGCGGGCUGAGCCAGGACCAUCACGGCCGGCUGCCGACGCCGUCGCCAAGGCGGACGACUCGGGUGAUGACGAUAUCGGCCCGAAGCCACCAUCGCCGGCGGCGAAGCGCAAGGCGGAGGACGAAGACGGCGACGACUCGGACGAAAGCGAGUACGAGGAGGAGGCGGACCGGACACCGGUGACGCACGAGAUUGUGCUGAAGGACCACACAAAGCUCGUAUCCGCCCUCGCUGUCGAGCCGUCGGGCGCGCGCGUGGCGACCGGAAGCCACGACUACGACUGCAAACUGUGGGACUUUGGCGGCAUGGACCAGCGGCUGCGGCCGUUCAAGAGCUUUGAGCCGAACGGGUCGUACUUUAUCCACGACCUGAGCUAUGCGCCGGACGGCAAGCACCUGCUCGUGGUGAGCGGCACGUUCUACCCCAAGGUGUUUGACCGGGACGGCGGCAACGAGCUCGAGUUUGCAAAGGGCGACGUGUAUCUGCGCGACAUGAAGGUCACCAAGGGGCAUACGGCCGAGAUCAACUCUGGCGCCUGGCACCCCAGCGACAACGACGUGUUUCUCACUGCGGCGAACGACUCUACGCUGCGGAUAUGGGAGGUCAGCAACCGGCAGAAGCAGAAACAUGUCAUUGUUGUGCGGUCCAAGGAGCGCGGCAACAAGACGCAUGUUACCGCGUGCGCGUGGAGCCCGGACGGCAAGCUGAUUGCAGGAGGAUGCCUCGACGGUGCGCUGCACAUCUGGCGCACAAACGGCAACUUUGCGCGUCCCGACAAGAGCAACGAGGCUGCCCAUGCCAAGAACACGGAGACGACGGCGGUGGCCUUCUCGCCCGACAACACCAAGCUCGUCUCGCGCGGCGCGGACGACACUAUCAAGCUGUGGGACGUCAAGAACCUUCGCCAGCCGCUCGCAGUGCAUAAGGACGAGGCCAACGUUUACUCUGAGACUGGGGUCGCGUGGUCGCCUGACGGCAAGUACGUGCUCAUCGGCACGGCGGUCGACCCGCGCAAGGAGGAUGCAAUUGGCGAGGUCCUCUUCCUGAGCGCGACCGACCUGAGCGUGGAGCGAAGGGUACCGAUUGCGAAGGGUGCUUCCGUUGUGCGCGUCGUGUGGCACUCUCGCAUCAACCAGAUCUUUGCGUCCCUGUCCAACGGGGCAGUGUACGUGCUCUACUCGCCGCACUCGAGCAUCCACGGCGCGCUCCUGCCGCUCGCCAAGAUGCCGCGCACCAAGGCGCGCGACGUGUCGUACACGACGGCGGACCUCACGCCGGUCAUCUACACGCCCGACGCGGGCGGGCUGGGCGGCCCGCGGCUCGGCAUGUCGGCGCACCAGCGCGAGAAGCGCGCAAAGAAGUUCAAGCCCACCGAGCCGGUGCACGGCGUCGGCAAGGGCGGGCGGAUCGGCGCGUCGGCAACCGCUGGGUUCGUGGCGGAGAUGUUUGCGUCCGGCGCGCGCGUCGGCCUCGAAGAUCCCCGCGAGGCGCUCCUCAAGUAUGCCACCGAGGAGGAGAAGGAGCGGAAGAAGUACAUGGCGGACGAGGCGGCGUAGUGUUGCAUCAUGAGUGUAGUAGGGCAGUUGCUAGCUAGCAUGUAUCGCGCCUCCACACGCCGCUCGUGACAACAA